GAAAGAAUUUUUUUUAUUCUUUUGCUGUUCUGUUUUGUCUAUAAAUAGUUUGCAAGAAGCUACGCUCAUUGCAAGAAUUUCUUCUUAUUGUUUGUUAUUUGAGUAAUCAUGGCUAGUCCUAAACGACUUGUCGUUUACUUGGCUGUGUUUCUAUGCAUGGCUACCGUGAAAUGCUACGGAGCUGGGAGUUGUAUGGAAGGAGAGAUGCAAGCACUUCUCAAGCUCAAACAAGGUCUCAAAGAUCCCAGUCAUCGGCUCUCUUCCUGGAUUCCAGCUGAAGAUUGCUGCAGAUGGAGAGGCGUGCGUUGCAACAACAAAACGGGCCACGUGAUCCGCCUGGAUCUCAGAAGUACAUAUCCACUGGAAACCAUAAAUUCAGUUGGUUUUUAUAAGAUUUGGCCCUUGUUUGGUGAGAUAAAUCCAUCUUUAUCUGCUUUGAAGCAUUUGAAUUAUCUGGACCUUAGCCUGAAUGAUUUUGGAAGGACACAGAUACCAAAAUUCAUUGGUUCGUUCAAGAAACUGAGAUAUCUCAACCUCUCUAGAGCUGGUUUCAUUGGAAAAGUUCCUCAUCAGCUAGGGAACCUCUCAAGCUUGAGCUACCUCGAUCUCAGUUUUGUUCAAGUUGCUGUGUCUGGUGUGUAUAAUAAUUCGAAUGCUUUGAAUGUUGACAACAUUGAGUGGCUUUCUCAUCUUUCCUCUUUGAAACACCUUGACAUGAGUGGUGUUGAUUUUACAGAGGUGGGUGGUAAUUGGGUACAGGUAAUAACCAUUCUUCCUUCUCUCUUCGAACUACGCUUAUCCUACUGUCUAUUAUCUACAUUUCCUGUCUCUCUUGGGCAUGUUAAUUUCACUUCCCUUUCCAUCCUCGACCUUUCUCGGAACGAUUUCCAUGAUUCUCUGUUUAUGUCCAAUUACUUGCCCAACCUUACAAGCCUUGUCUCUCUUGAUUUGAGUUCCAAUUCUCUCCCAGGUUCAAUUCUUAAUUCAUCAAGAAGCAAAAGCAUGGGGAGCUUCUGUAAUCUACAGAGAUUGAUUUUAUUGCAGAACUAUUUCGAUGGGGAUAUUGUUGGAUUCGUAAACAGUCUUUCCCAUUGCACUAGGAAUAGUUUAGAAAUGUUGGACUUGAGUGGGAAUUACCUUACUGGGACUUUGCCGGAUGGGUUAGGAGAGUUCAAAAAUCUAAAAUUGCUAGAUCUUCACGAUAACAAUUUUUUUGGUCAGAUUCCAGCAUCCCUUGGACAACUGCCGUUCUUGAAAAAAUUGGAUCUUAGUUAUAAUCAUUUGAAUGGGACUGUUCCUCAAAGUCUCGGACAACUGCCGUUCUUGAAAAAAUUGUAUCUUAGUUAUAAUCAUUUGAAUGGGACCGUUCCUCAAAGUCUCGGACAACUUCAAAUGCUAGUUCAUUUGGAUUUAUCGUACAAUUCUUUAACUGGUAUUGUGUCUGAAGCUCACUUCGCAAAGCUGGUGACUUUACAGGUAUUGGAUAUGUCAUUUAACUCAUUGUUAUUUGAUGUCAGUUCGAGCUGGCUUCCACCUUUCCAACUCAAAUAUAUUGGCCUAGCCAAUAGCCAGCUAGGGCCUCGAUUUCCUUCCUGGCUUCGAACCCAAAGGAGCUUCGAGUACCUAAACUUGGGGAAUGCAAGUAUUUCAGACACAAUACCAGAUUGGUUUUGUAACUUUUCUUCCCAAAUCUACUCUCUUGAUCUAUCUCAUAACCAAAUUAGUGGAAAGCUACCAUAUUUCUUGAAAUAUGAAGCACUAAGUGUUGUUGAUUUAAGUUCAAACUUCUUUGAAGGUCCGUUGCCCCAUUUUCCUAGUAAUGUAACCAAAAUAAAUCUCUCCAACAAUUCAUUUUCAGGACCAAUCCUCCCUACCUUUCAAGAACCCAUGCCAUUUGUAAGGCAACUGAUUCUUUCCGGUAACCAUCUAAAUGGCAUCAUUCCCCGUUCCAUUUGUAAAAUGAAGUCUUUGGAAUAUUUUGAUCUGUCGAGGAAUAAUUUUUCAGGAGGAAUGCCUUCAUGUUGGGAGAAUUUCCCAGAAAUUCAAGUGGUGGAUUUAUCAAAUAAUCAUUUGAAUGGAGUGAUUCCUAGCUCGGUGGCUUUUCUUCUUAAGCUCCGAUCAUUGCACUUGGGAAACAAUUCCCUUUCAGGAGAACUCCCUUUGUCCUUGAAAAAUUGCACAAGUUUGGUUACGCUUGAUCUUGGGAAUAAUGCAUUCUCUGGAAACAUACCAUCCUGGAUAGGGGAAAGCCUAUCCUCACUGCAAAUUCUUCGCUUACGAUCCAAUAUGUUCCAUGGCUUCAUUCCCUGGCAACUAUCUAACCUCUCCCUUCUACAAGUAUUGGACCUCGCUGUCAACAAUCUCUCGGGAAAAAUUCCACGCAGUCUUUGCCAUCUCAAUGCCAUGACUGGGGAAUUACUGUUUGCAGUUGCACCAAUGUUUAGUCCAUCUGUUCGGUACGAAGAAAACAUUGACCUGACGAUGAAAGGGAGGGAACUCAAAUAUACAAAGAUCCUUGAUUUGGUGGUAAGCCUGGACCUGUCGAGCAAUAGUCUUUCAGGAGAAAUUCCCAAGGAACUAACCAACCUUCGUAGAUUGGUUGGUUUGAACUUAUCUGGAAAUCAUUUAACAGGAAGAAUACCAGAAGAAAUUGGUGAACUGCGGUCGUUAGAAUCGCUUGACAUGUCAAGAAACCAGCUAUCAGGGGCAAUUCCUCCGAGCAUGUCCGCUUUGACUUCUUUAAGUCAUUUGAACUUGUCAAAUAACAAGUUGUCAGGGAGAAUUCCAUCGGGCAACCAACUCCAAACGCUCAUUGAUCCAUCUAUUUAUUCUGGAAAUGAUGAACUCUGUGGCUUUCCACUUGCAAAAUGUGGCAAAGAUGAAGCAGCUGUUGACCCUGUUCCUGGCGGUGGUGACAAAGAUGAUCUUGAAAUGGUAUGGUUCUACACUAGCAUGGGACCUGGAUUUGUGGUGGGGUUUUGGGGUUUCUGUGGUGUACUAAUUUUCAACAAGACGGGAAGGACUGCCUACUUCCGAUUCUUCGAUGACAUGAAAGAUAAGCUCCUUCUGGCACUCAUGUUGAAUUUGGCCAAGUUGCAAAAGAAGCUGCAGAGAAACCAAGCAUGAAUGUAAGGAAGGAUUGUGAACGUGUCCAAGGUGGAUCAUGACUGUUUUUAUGUAAUUAUAGUGAGAUUAGUAUUACUUUUGCUAUAAUCACUGUUAUAAAAUAAAAAGAACUAUUGUAUUCUAAAUGCUCUUGGGUGAGAUAUGAAGUAUUUGUUCA